CUUGGUUACCAGUGCGAGAGAAAUAUCUGCAAUCCCACUGAGACCUCACCUUUUCGAGUCUCAUCUGUGAUCGGUUCUUGCGAUCUUGAACCUUUUAAAAUCCCCCUUCAUCCCGGUCCUUGUACCCCUACCCUCACCUCAUCGGCGCUUCUCCCUCCAGGCGUCUCUUUUUUUUUAGCAGAUCGAGAAAGCCCUCGAUACUGCUUCAUUCUCCCACACACCGCUCGCAGAGAGCCCCUCCAGCCACUCCCAGGCCAAUCCCUCAACCACCACCGCAAACAUGGUCAAUUUCACAGUCGACGAGAUCCGGGCGUUGAUGGAUCGUCCCGCCAACAUUCGAAACAUGUCCGUCAUUGCCCAUGUCGACCACGGUAAAUCAACCUUGACCGAUUCCCUCGUCCAGCGUGCUGGUAUCAUCUCCGCCGCCAAAGCUGGUGAAGCCCGAUUCACCGAUACACGAAAGGACGAACAAGAGCGAGGCAUCACUAUCAAGUCCACUGCCAUCUCCCUGUAUGCCCACCUUCCAGACCCAGAUGAUCUCAAAGAUAUCCCCCAGAAAGUCGAGGGUAACGAAUUCUUGAUCAACUUGAUUGACUCUCCCGGCCACGUCGACUUCUCCUCCGAAGUCACCGCUGCCCUGCGAGUUACCGAUGGUGCCUUGGUCGUCGUCGACACCAUUGAAGGUGUCUGUGUCCAGACUGAGACCGUCCUCCGACAAGCCUUGGGUGAGCGUAUCAAACCUGUCGUCAUCAUCAACAAGGUCGAUCGUGCUCUGCUCGAACUUCAAGUCGAGAAGGAAGAUCUGUAUCAGUCAUUCCUCCGAACCAUCGAAUCAGUCAAUGUCAUCAUCUCGACCUACUUCGAUAAGGCUCUUGGUGAUGUCCAAGUCUGGCCCGAGAAGGGCACCGUUGCUUUCGGCUCUGGUCUCCACGGCUGGGCCUUCACCAUCAGACAAUUUGCCAUCAGAUACGCCAAGAAGUUCGGUGUCGACAAGUCCAAGAUGAUGGAACGUCUGUGGGGAGACAACUUUUUCAACCCAAAGACCAAGAAGUGGACCAAGACCGCUGAUUUUGAAGGAAAGACUCUUGAGCGUGCCUUCAACCAGUUCAUUCUUGAUCCCAUCUUCAAGAUCUUCGAUGCCUUCAUCAAGGGCAAAGUCGAUGACCUUAUCACCCUCGCCGGCAAACUCGACAUCAAGAUCACUGCCGAGGAGAAGGAACUCCCCGGAAAGGGUCUCCUCAAGGUCGCCAUGCGCAAAUUUUUGCCCGCGGCCGAUGCCCUUUUGGAGAUGAUGGUUAUCCACCUGCCAUCCCCAGUUACUGCACAGAAGUACCGUGCUGAGACUUUGUACGAAGGUCCUUCUGACGAUGCUGCCUGCAUUGCCAUCCGGGACUGCGACCCCAAGGCUGAUCUCAUGCUCUACGUCUCAAAGAUGGUGCCGACAUCGGACAAGGGUCGUUUCUACGCCUUUGGUCGUGUCUUUGCCGGUACCGUUCGCUCCGGCUUGAAAGUGCGCAUCCAGGGCCCCAACUAUGUUCCUGGCAAGAAAGAUGAUCUCUUCAUUAAGGCCAUCCAGAGAACCGUCCUCAUGAUGGGUCGUACUGUUGAGCCCAUUGAUGACAUGCCCGCUGGCAACAUCAUCGGCCUUGUUGGUAUUGAUCAGUUCUUGCUCAAGUCCGGUACUCUCACCACUUCCGAGACCGCUCACAACCUCAAGGUCAUGAAGUUCUCCGUCUCUCCUGUCGUCCAGCGUUCCGUCGAGGUCAAGAACGCCAAUGACCUGCCCAAGCUUGUCGAAGGUCUCAAGCGAUUGUCCAAGUCGGACCCCUGUGUCUUGACCUUCAUCUCCGAGUCCGGUGAGCACGUCGUCGCCGGUGCCGGUGAGUUGCAUCUGGAGAUUUGCUUGAAGGAUUUGGAAGAAGACCACGCUGGUGUUCCUCUCAAGAUCGGUGACCCUGUUGUCCCAUACAGAGAAACCGUCAACGCCCAAUCCAGCAUGACCGCUCUAUCCAAGUCUCCUAACAAGCACAAUCGUCUCUACGUCAUUGCUGAGCCCCUUUCCGAGGAGGUCUCCAAGGAGAUUGAGGCUGGCAAAAUCAACCCUCGCGACGACUUCAAGCUUCGUGCGCGUAUUCUUGCUGAUGAACACGGCUGGGAUGUGACCGAUGCUCGAAAGAUCUGGGGCUUCGGUCCUGACACCACCGGCCCCAACUUGCUCGUCGAUCAAACCAAGGCCGUCCAAUACCUCAACGAAAUCAAGGACUCGUUUGUCUCUGGCUUCCAGUGGGCCACACGUGAAGGACCUAUUGCCGAAGAGCCCAUGCGAUCAAUCCGAUUCAACGUCAUGGAUGUCACCCUCCACGCCGAUGCCAUCCAUCGUGGCGGUGGUCAGAUUAUCCCAACUGCUCGACGAGUGCUCUAUGCCGCUACCCUUUUGGCAGACCCUGGUCUCCAGGAGCCUGUCUUCUUGGUCGAAAUUCAAGUUCCCGAGCAAGCCAUGGGAGGUAUCUACGGUGUCCUCACCCGCAGAAGAGGCCACGUCUUCUCCGAGGAGCAGCGCAUUGGUACCCCUCUGUUCACCGUCCGUGCCUACCUCCCUGUCUCCGAGUCAUUCGGCUUCAACGCAGAUCUCCGCGCCGCCACCGGUGGCCAGGCCUUCCCCCAGAUGGUGUUCGACCACUGGCAGCUCCUGCCCGGCGGUUCCCCUCUUAACGCAACCACCCUCCCCGGUCAAGCCGUCGAGAAGAUGCGUACCAGAAAGGGCAUCAAGCCUCAAGUGCCAGGAUACGAGAACUAUUAUGACAAGUUGUAAACCAAUCGCUCGAAUGCUGAAUAGAACGGCCAUGACUUUACGAGUUGCAUCCGCACAUACAUGUUUCUGGAACGUGCAACGAUAGCUCCGACCCCUCGAGAAAAGUGAACAGCGAAGAAAAACGUCGUGGAUCGAAAAUCAGGUUCAAAGCUGGUCAAGGGGAGCAUAUAGCACUGCGAACCCUCGCGUAUCUCUGCGUGUUAGCAGUCAGUGUUUGUAAUCCUUUGGCUGGCUUCAACUACCCAGGAUUGUGUUUAGAUGGUUCAUUCCUCCCUGCCUCUCACGUGAUUGGAGCGCAAUAGUAGACUCGCAAAAAGAAGCAAAAAAAAUAAAGAAUCUCGUGUUUCCAGACCACAGUGCCAUUUGACCAUCCAGCAAGUAACCCUUUGCUCGGUUUAGUUUUGAGCUGGGUACGGAAUCUGUAGAUAAGCAAACAGGAUGAGAAGAAGAUUGGGCCCCGAGGCGGUGCUGAAAAGAAUAUAAAUUCAAAUCUUGC